AUGUAUGAGGUGCUCCAGGGACUAAUCGUGUUCAUGUGCGGGCGUUCGCUGUUGAAGGUGUUGAUCGACGUGGUGGGCGACCAGGAGGAAAACCCUUCCGUACCCGGGGCAUCAGCGGCGGACUACCUGGCUGCCAUGCAAAAGCGCUUGGCGGCUUACCAGGCAGGGGCGCCGGUUUUGGACCUUGAUGUCCCAGAACCACCCAGUCCGUCUGACGAGCUUCGUGGGGCAAUGGCAAGGGCGAUCAGUGAGACAAGGUUGAGGCUAGCGCACCUAAGAAGCGUGGGCCGAAGACAGCGGCAGAGAAGAAGAAGGAAGCCAGGCGGGCAGCAAGGGCGGUUAAGAAGUUGGAGGCAGCGAAACAGGCGGAGAAGCGUGGGGAGCAAAGUGGGACAGGACUGCAAUCGCAGCACCUGUCGGGCCUAG